AUGGCGAAGCGUUUGGUUCCCUUGUUGAAUCGUGUUCUUGUUGAGAAAAUCAUCCCUCCAUCCAAAACCAAUGCUGGGAUCUUACUCCCUGAGAAGUCCACCAAGUUGAACUCUGGAAAAGUUGUUGCUGUCGGUCAUGGGGUUCGUGAUAAGGAGGGAAAGUUUAUUCCUGUUACUGUCAAGGAAGGUGACACUGUUCUGUUACCGGAUUAUGGAGGAACUGAAGUGAAGCUUGGCGAUAAAGACAGUGCAGACCAUAGAAAGUUUUCAUUAACUAAUCACUAA